AUGGUUAAACGUAAAGCAGAUCAGGAAGAUGAUGAUUAUCAGACAAGUUAUAAUCCUAAUGAAGAAAUGAUAAUUCCCGGUGAAAAAAGAAAGAGAAAAGAAGAACCAAAAGAGAAAUCGGCUACUGGUGGAAAGAAAAAUAGGAAUUUCUUGAAGGAAAAAGAAGAGGCGAAAAUCACCAAGAAAGCUAAGAGACAAUUGGCUGCAGUUCAGGCAAGAAAAGCUCUGAAACUUACACAAGAAGAGUUGUUUGCUGGAUUGGCUGAAGUUCAACUCGAUCCUAAAAAGUUAUCUCAAUUAACAUCGAGCACAAAAUUGGUGAAAGACGAGAAGUGAGUUCAAUUUUUUUUCAAUUUGAAAGGAAGGAAUUUGUUUUCAGAGAAGCCAAAUUUCCGGAUAAAAUCAAAGUAUUCAAUGGAAAACAAAAAGUUCAAGUAAAACGAGUUCAAGAAGGCCAUAUAACUACUGAUGAUGAAUCAUCUUCAGAAGAAGAAGAAGGCAAUGAUGAAGAAGCAGCAGCAGAAGAUCAAGACGAUAAAAUUGCUUCAACUAGCGCAACUGAAAUUGAAAUUAAAAUUGAGGAACCAGAAGAAUCUACAGAACCAAUUGAACUAUCGUAUGAGCUGAUAAAAAGAGAAGAUGAUGAAGAAUCGGAUCAAGAAGAUAUUUUAGCUCUUCCAACAACAAAUGUCAUUGAGAGAAAGAAAGUAUUUGUUCAGCGAACUGAAGAGAUUCAAAAUUCAAGAGCUGAAUUACCCAUUUUUGCCGAAGAAAUGCGUAUUAUUGAAGCUAUUAAUGAGAAUUUAGUCACGGUUGUUUGCGGAGAAACAGGUUCAGGAAAAACAACUCAAAUUCCUCAAUUUUUAUAUGAAGCUGGUUAUACAGCAGAUGGUGAAUUGAUUGGAAUUACAGAACCAAGACGAGUUGCUGCAAUUGCAAUGGCACAAAGAGUUGGAAUUGAACUUGGAUUAGAGAAUAAAGUUUCAUAUCAAAUUCGAUAUGAAGGAACUCGUUCGAAUGAAACUAGUAUUCUUUUUAUGACUGAUGGUGUUUUAAUGAAAGAAAUGUCAACUGAUGUUAUGCUCAAAAAAUAUAGUGUUAUUCUUAUUGAUGAAGCUCACGAAAGAAGUAUGUAUAGUGAUGUUUUAAUUGGAAUGUUAUCAAGAAUUGUUCCAUUGAGAGCGAAAACUGAAAGACCACUUCGAUUGGUGAUUAUGUCUGCUACUUUGAGACUCGAUGAUUUCACCCAUAAAAAGUUUGUUUUUUUUUUUGCUUCAAAAUUUUUUAAUUGAAAACAAUGAUUAUUUUCAGACUGUUCCCUUUAUUAACUCCAAAAGUUAUAAAAGUUGAUGCGAGACAAUAUCCAGUUACUGUUCAUUUCGAAAAACGAACACCAACAGAUUAUGUAUCUUCUGCAUUUCGAAAAGUUUGUCGAAUUCAUGAAACUUUGCCGCCAGGUGCUAUUUUGGUAUUUGUAACUGGACAACAUGAAGUUCGACAAUUAAUGGCGAAGUUGAAAAAAAGAUAUGCAAUGGUUUAUGAAAAAUCAAAAGAUGGAAAAAUAUUGAUUCGAGACACAAAAGAAUGGAAAGAAGCACAUUUGGAGAAUGCGAAAAAUAUCACAUUGGAAGAUUUCAAACAGGAAGAGGUUUGUUCGUUUUUUUUGGAUUUAUAAAAAUUCGUGGAAAUUUAUAGGUGGAUAAUGAGGAACAAGAAGAUAUUGAUGAAGAACUUCUUGAUACAGAUGAUAUUAAUGAAAGAGGAGCUGCUGAAGCGUUUGAUGAUUAUGAAGAACUUGAAAAUGGUGAUGGAGAUCUUGAUAAAACAUCAGAUAUAAUUGGAAAUCCUCCAGCUGGAUGUGAACCACUUUUUUGUCUUCCGCUUUAUUCACUUCUUUCAAUGGGAAAACAGAAAAGAGUUUUUGAUGAAACACCAGCUGGAAUAAGAUUAUGUGUUAUUUCAACAAAUGUUGCUGAAACAUCACUCACAAUUCCUGGUGUCAAAUAUGUAAUUGAUGGAGGAUUUGAAAAAAGAAGGUUAUACGAUUCAAUUACUGGUGUUUCUCGUUUCGCAGUUUGUAGAAUUUCACAAGCAUCAGCUGAUCAACGAGCGGGAAGAGCUGGAAGAAUUUCAGCCGGACAUGCAUAUCGACUUUAUUCAUCUGCAGUUUAUCAAGAUUUUUUGAAAUUUGCCGAUCCUGAAAUUCUAACAAAACCUGCUGAUCAAUUAGUUUUACAUCUGAAGAGUAUGAACAUUGUCAAAGUUGUCAAUUUUCCAUUUCCAUCUGCUCCAAAUACUGAAAUGCUUCAAGCUGCUGAAGAAAGAUUAGUGAAAUUAGGAGCAUUGGAUAUUUCAAAAGAUGUUGCUCGAAUUAAUCGAUUAGGAAAAACUCUAGCUGUUUUUCCACUUGCUCCUCCGUAUGCUAAAUUUAUUGCAAUGUCAAAUCAAUAUGAUCUAAUUAAUCAUGCGAUUCUUCUCAUUUCACUUUUAUCAGGUAAAUUCAUUUUUGUUUCAAAAAAAAAACUUUUUAAAUCCUAUUUUUCAGUUCGUGAACCUCUCAUUCCUGUUUCAUCUCUUCGUGGUGAAACCGCUGAAGAAACUCGAGAUCUUAUGAAAAAUGUGUUGAAGGAACGGAGAAAAUGGUGCACACAAACUGGAGCAAGAAGAUUGGGAGAUUUGAAAGUUUUGAUGCAUGCAGCAAGUGUUGCAGAACAAUUAAAUGUAUGUUUCAUCGAAGAUUCUAGAAAAACAUUCAUAAUUAUUUUUUUUGCAGUACAAACCAUUCGAAUGUGAAAAAGUUGGACUUCGUGUGAAAGCAAUGGUUGAAGCUAGGAAAUUGAGACAACAGCUAACAAAUAUUGUGAAUGCUUCAUGUAAAAAUGAAAAUAUAUCAAUUGAACAGAAUUUGGCACCGCCAACUGAACAACAAGCACAACUUUUGAGGUAAUCUAAUUUUUUAAUAAAAAAAUAUUUUUAUUCUCAAUUUUUUAGACAACUUGUUACAUCUUGUUUCACUGAUCGAAUCGCUCGCCGAGUUGAUCGAUCAGUUGGUCAAGAAGAAGUUCCAAAAGGCGCAUAUCAGACAACGCUCAUCAAAGAAUAUGUGUUCAUUGAUCCUUGUAGUGUCAUGUUCACAGAAGAACCAGAAUUCUUGAUUUAUCAAGAAAUUGUUCAGGUGAACGAGAAGAAAUUGAUGACUUCAUGUUGUUCGGUGAACAAGGAAUGGCUCAGUCGAUUAGCUGAAAAUUAUUGUAGUUUUGAGAAAACUGAUAAGGAUCUUGAACCGAUGUAAGAUUUUUUGUUCUUUGAAACCCUACCCCUAUUUAAAAUUCAAAUUUCAGCUAUGAUCCAGCAAAAGAUGCAAUCGUAAAAUCGGUCAAAGUUCGAUUUGGCCCUCUAAAUUGGGAAUUGCCUGAUGAAUUUCGACCUGUUCCACUUGAUAUCAUGCAAUAUCGAUAUUUUGCUCUCAAUUUACUCGAUGGAAAAAUUUUCGUAAAACUCGCUGAAUAUUCUCCAAAAUUGCUUGCACCUCCUUCAACAAUGGUUAAAUCUUGGGCGAAAUUGCAAAAACGAACAGAAAUAUUGUUGAAUCGAUUGGUUGACAAAGAAAUAUUAUCAAGAAGUGCUUUGAAAGAUAUUUGGUUGAAAAAUGAGAAUUGGUUGUUGGAAGAAUAUUUAGAAUGGUUACCACAAUCAUUACAUCAAGAAGUUACACUUUUAUGGCCGCCGUUGGAGGAAAAUGAGAAAACGAAGAAAAUGGGAAGAAAUAAAAAAUAUUAG